AUGCUGGAGCAUGAUGUCCUGGUAAUUGGUGCUGGACUUGCUGGUAUGAGGGCAGCCAUUGCUGCUCGAGCCAACGGCUCCAACACCGCGAUUGUCAGUAAAGUUCACCCCGUCCGGAGCCACUCGAACGCGGCCCAGGGCGGUAUCAACGCGGCCCUCACCGACCGAGGCGACGACUGGGAAGACCACGCCUACGACACGGUCAAGGGAAGCGAUUUCCUCGGCGAUCAGGACGCCAUCGAAGUGAUGUGCAAGGCCGCAGGCCGGGCGCUGAUCGACAUGGAGCACUUCGGCGUCACCUUCAAUCGCGACGACGAGGGCUAUCUCGGCACCCGCGCCUUCGGCGGACAGCGCCGGGCACGCACUUUCUUCGUGGGCGACUUCACCGGACAGGCACUGCUGCACGUGAUGUUCGAGCAGCUCAUCAAGUCCGGCGUCCGUCGCUAUGAGGAAUGGUUCGUGACCUCCCUGAUCAUUGAGGACGGCCAGGUCUGUGGCGUUAUGGCGCUGGACAUCCGCACCGGGCAGAUAUACGCCAUCCGGGCCAAGACCGUCAUCUUUGCCACCGGUGGCCUUGGGCGGAUUUUCGAGCCGAGCACCAACGCGCUGAUUGUUACCGGCGACGGGAUGGCCCUGGCCUACAAUGCUGGCGCCCAGCUGAUGGACAUGGAGAUGGUGCAGUACCAUCCCACCACCCUGGCGGGCAGCGGCGUGCUGAUUUCCGAGGCGGCCCGCGGUGAGGGCGCAUACCUGCUGGACAAAGACGGCAACCGCUUUAUGGAGAAGUACGCUCCAAACAUGAUGGAGCUCGCCUCCCGCGACGUGGUUUCCCGCUCAGAGCAGACGGAAAUCAAAUGCCGGUAA